AUGCUGCACUGGCAUCUUCUAUACAAGGUCUACAAAGUGAAGAAGCUGAAGACCGAAGGCGCGAAGAGGAAAGAAAUGAAGGAGAGCCGGGAGCUCAGCAUACUCCCUCAGUUGGAACAGAGGCAGCUGAAGAAGGAGCUGCAACAGCUGCAAAUGAUGAAGCAGUUGAAGAAGAGGCUGAAGCAGCUGAAGAAGGAGGAAAUGAUAAUGCUGACGAAGCUGGAUCUGAUCCCAGCAGCAGCUGCAGAGCAAGAAGAGGUUGAAAGGAAGAAAGAAGAGCUGAGAAGAAAGUUGAAAGAAAAGUCGGAUGAGCAUGUUGCAGAGGAAAUGCAGAAGAAGCAAAUGGAGAAAAGAGAAGAACAGUUGAAGGAUCUGCAAGAGGUAGCUAAAAAUCGCAGAAGGAAUGUGAUGAAGACUGCAAGGUCGAAAGGAGUGCGACCAAGCAGCAGCAGCAGCGACAGCUACGAAAGCGAUCCAGAGAAGGCUUACAUGAAAAAGCAGAAAAAGCCGAAGGAAAAGAUUGAAAAGCCGGAAAAGCCGAAAGAACCGGAGGAAAAGGUUGAAAAGCCGACAGAACCGGAGGAGGCCAACAUAUCCGUAGAGGGUAUGACGAUAGCUCAAGCAGUCCGUCGUAUGUUUCGGCUGGACGACGUGGAGGCCUUGUUGGAAGACGAAAAACUCAGCAAGGUGAAUGGAGUCCUGGCUGAUUUGGAAAAUGCAUUCGGCGGGUUGCCAGAUGGAUUCGGCUUGCGGUUACAGUCGAUGGCAAAUGAGUUUAGAAGCUGGAAUGACGAUCUGGAGGAAGUGAUCAGAAGAACAGAGGCUGACAUCGAACUCAACAGCGACCAGCAGCCUACGGAAGCAACUAGCGAAAAAGAGAACGCGCUGACUUUAAUGGCAGAAGCACAGUUGAUGCAGGCUACGGCCGAGUCAAACAUCACGGCAGCAAAAGAAAAGGGCGAAAAAUUGGAAGAUGGCCGUGAGACAGCCAAAAGUGUGCUGGACACCAGUACUGAAUAUGCUGAAGAUGGUGACGAAAAACCUAGAAGAGGCUGUUGCUCCUGA